GGUGAUAGUGUUUCUCCAGGGACCCUUUGGCUGUUUCAUCUGCAGUUGAAGAGAUGGAGAGAUUAGUUUUCUUGUUUUCUCUGACUGCCCUUGUUGUCCUUCACUGCAUGAACACCACUCCAGAGUUCCAAGAGCCUGUUGUGAUACUGCAGAUUGGUAUUGCAGUGUUGGUGGUGGUGUGGUUCUUCUACUUCCUUAUCACCCGACGCAACCCGCCCAAAGACACCCUUUUCUAUGUGUUUGCUGAGUUUUCCUUCACUUGUGUCAUUGACCUUGUGAGUGCUAUGGAACAUGAUGGUUUUAUUUCCGGGUUUAUGGAAUUCUACCAGAAAACGGGUGAGCCCUAUCUGGGUACAGCCUAUGCCAUCAUGAUGUGCUACUGGGAUGGAAUAGUGCAUUUCAUCAUGUACCUCAUGAUGAUACAGCGCUUAUGGAACAGCAAGUCUUACCGCACCCUGGGUCUCUUCUGGGCUGGAUCGUUGUUUGCCAACAUGAGUGUCUUUGUGACAGGAAUUGUUGUAGGUAAAUUUGGAUCAGAUAUCCGUCCCGCCUUCUGGCUCAACAUGCCCUUCUUAAUGCUUCCAAUAUGGGGUGCGAUCAAGCUGUUCAACCAGCCCAAGAAUGGGCCAACCCUCGGUGGAUACAGGGCCCACUAUGAUCAGAGUUUUAAUCUCAUCUGGCGCCCUACAGACCUUCUCCUGGUGCUGCUGCUACUGGGGGCCAUGGCCUUCACUCUCUUCAGGGGCUUGGUAGCUCUUGACUCCCCUCUAGAGGCCUGUACCAUCUACCUCCGCCAAUACGAGCCCUAUCUGAAGGACCCGGUGGGCUACCCCAAGGUUAUGAUGUUGCACUUCCUGUUCUACAUGCUGCCUAUGCUGGGUGCCUUCAUCUACGGACUCGUAGUGCCUGGCUGCACCUGGAUGCCCGACUGGACUGUAUUUGUUGCUGGAGGCGUCGCCCAGUGUCAGUGGGCCCACAUUGGGGCAUCCCUCCACCCACGUACAGUGGCCCCAUUCCGGAUCCCAGACGAGGCUUUCCUGGCUGUCCUGGCAGCCAACCUGCUGUACGCUGUGAUCCCCUCACUCAUCGCCAUGCGCUGCACCAGUAACACCAACUUCUUCUUGACCGUCACUAAACUUCCUGGGAUGGAGGGGAUGCCCUGGGUUCCUGAUGCUGACACCCUAGUCGAGAAGAAACACAAUUAA